UGGCAACCUCCUGCCCCCCCUCCCCGCGCCUCCUCCCCCCGCCGCAUCCAUCAACAAUUUUGCUUUCACACUCUUCUUGUUCUUGGGAACGCAUCGAAAGCCUGCUUGUCGAUACCUUCCCACUCCACUUCAUACGCGCGUAUCAAUCCCAUAAAACAGCCAAAAAGGACCGCACAAAUGUCCCCCAUUGCUAACGGUACCGCUACCCCCGCCGGCGCGCCUCCCCGCGCCGCCGAGGCUCUCCCCGCCUCGGAGGCCAUCGCCUACCUCGAGCAGUACGGCCGUGGCGACGGCCUGUCGCUUGCCGAGCUCAUGGACUCGCGCAAGAACGGCGGCCUCACUUACAACGACUUCCUCAUGCUCCCCGGCAAGAUCGACUUCCCCGCUUCCGAGGUCUCGCUCCAGACCCGCGUGACCCGCAACAUUCUCCUCAACGCCCCCUUCCUCUCGUCCCCCAUGGACACGGUCACCGAGGACCGCAUGGCCAUCGCCAUCGCCCUCCACGGUGGUCUCGGCAUUAUCCACCACAACUGCUCCCCCGAGGAGCAGGCCGCCAUGGUCCGCAAGGUCAAGAAGUUUGAGAACGGCUUCAUCCCCGAGCCCCUCUGCCUCGGCCCCGACGGCGUCGUUGGCGACGUCCUCCGCGUCAAGGAGAAGUUUGGCUUCUGUGGCGUUCCCAUCACUGCCAACGGCAAGAUCGGCGGCAAGCUCCUCGGUAUCGUCACCGGCCGUGACGUCCAGUUCCGUGCCGAGUCGACCCCCCUCACCGAGGUCAUGACCAAGGACAUUGUCACUGGCGACGCUGGUCUCUCGCUCGAGCAGGCCAACACCAUCCUCCGCGACUCGAAGAAGGGCAAGCUCCCUAUCAUUGACAAGGAGGGUAACCUCGUCUCGCUCGUCGCCCGCUCCGACUUGCUCAAGAACCAGAACUACCCCCUCGCCUCCAAGGUCCCCUCGUCCAAGCAGCUCUACUGCGGUGCCGCUAUCGGCACCCGCCCCGGUGACCGUGACCGCCUCAAGCUCCUCGUUGAGGCCGGCCUCGACGUUGUCGUCCUCGACUCGUCGCAGGGCAACUCCAUCUUCCAGAUCGAGUUUGUUAAGUGGAUCAAGCAGACCUUCCCCAAGCUUGACGUUAUCGGCGGCAACGUCGUCACCCGUGAGCAGGCUGCCCAGCUCAUCGCUGCCGGCGUCGACGGUCUCCGUAUCGGCAUGGGCUCGGGCUCGAUCUGUAUCACCCAGGAGGUCAUGGCCGUUGGCCGUCCCCAGGGCACGGCUGUCAACGCCGUCUCCGAGUUCGCCUCGCGUUUCGGUGUCCCCACCAUUGCCGACGGUGGUAUCUCCAACAUCGGCCACAUUGCCAAGGCCCUCUCGCUCGGUGCCAACGCCGUCAUGAUGGGCGGUAUGCUCGCCGGCACCACCGAGUCGCCCGGAGAGUACUUCUACCACGAGGGCAAGCGCGUCAAGCUCUACCGUGGUAUGGGCUCGAUCGAGGCCAUGGAGCACACUGCUGGUGGCGCCAAGGCCGGCACUGCCGCCAACAACGCCGCUACUGCCCGUUACUUCUCCGAGACCGACACUGUCAAGGUCGCCCAGGGUGUCUCGGGUGACGUCCAGGACAAGGGCUCGGUCAACAAGUUUGUCCCCUACCUCUACACUGGUCUCCAGCACUCGCUCCAGGACUCGGGUAUCCGCUCGGUCGUCGCCCUCCAGGAGGGUGCCCGCGACGGCACCGUCCGCUUCGAGCUCCGCACUGCCUCGGCCCAGAUCGAGGGUGGUGUCCACGGCCUCAACUCUUACACCAAGCGCCUCUUCGCCUAAGCGAUGGGGACUCUCGGUGUACUCAUGCCUCUAAACUUGAAAUGAAUGAGGCCACAUUUUUUUAUCAUUUUUGUAUUAGUGCUUGGUACUAGACAUAUACUCAUGCAAUGCAUUGCCUCAGGGAGAGAA